UUGGAACUCCUGCCACCACCUGGCUGCACCCCCGGACCAUCCGCCAGCCGGAUCUGCCCCCGGCCACCAGGCCAGCACCUGGCUGCCCCGAGCUGUCUCGCUGAGCCACUUCCCCAGCUCCCGCCUUCCUGUGGCCGCCCCCCGGCAGCCGCCCCUGCUAAUCUUCACCAACCAGUCACGCGGUCUGGCAGCGUACCAGGGGGCAGCCCUGAAUAGCCCCACGCAGGCCCCCAGCCGGCUGCCCCGCCCCACCCGCCCAGCCAGCCCCCAGCUGGACCCUCCCAUGGCCGAACGGGCUGAACUGGAGGAGAAUGUGGCGCGCGUCCUGCGGGGCCACCCCGGGGGCAUCUCCCUCUUCCGCUUCCGCCAGGCCUACGGUGCCGCCUACAGCCACCCCUUCCCCCUGGACAGCACGGCCUCGGUGAAGGAGCAGCUGGCGGCCAUGCCGGGGGUUGUCAGGGUGGAGGGCUGGGGGGUGCAGACGAUGCUCUUCCCGGUCUGCCCCCAGGAGCUCCCCAGCGAGGAGAAUGGUCUCGCCCCAUCUCUGCCAGAGGCCGUCGCCGCUCUUGCCAGCCCCGAUGUGGUCUGUCCAUCGCCUUCCAUCUCUGCCAGCUCCCCAGAGGCCACCCUGGCUCCUGCAGGCCCAGAGCAGCCCCCUGUUCCUUGCAGCCCUCCCCCAGGGCACAGAGUGGCACUGGGGGCCCCAGUUGAGAUCCCUGUAUCCCCCGCUGCCUCAGCAGCCCCCUGGUCACUGGGGAUGGGAUGGGAACAUGGAGCCAUGGGGCCCAUCACUGAGGAGACUGAUGUCAUGGAGGGCGUCACCAUUGCUACACCAGCUGCUGGUUCUGUGCCAUCUGAACUGGGGGCCGAGCUCCCCCUGCCAUUGGCUCUGGCAUCUUCGGUAGCCCUCUCCCCUGCAGGUUCCCCCUGGGGUCCCACCCCAGCGCUGAGCCUGGACGAUGUGGCUGCCACGGAUGCCGUCCUCUACGGCUUUAACUCUGCCCCCAGCUCUGCAAGCUGUCCCAGCCCAGAGCCGUCCUGUUCCCCAACUUUGCCAGGACCCAUGUCUGGCGGCCAUCCUCUGAUGGCUGUGGUCUCCCCUGAGCCAGCCUGGUCCCCCAUCCAAGACGUCCCUGGCACCGCGGAUUCUGCCAGGGAAAGACCACCCUUCAGGCCCCUGCCUCUGGGUGAGCCCAGCUUGGCAUCCCCCUACAAACAUCGGGAGGACAGGGGGGCACCAUGGGCGGCCAUCAAGCCAGAGUCCCAUCUGCCCCAUAUCUCCCCGCUCCGCCCCCCAUCUAUGGGGAGUAAGAGGAAGCCACUCAAGCGCAAACCUGACCUCUGUGUCCUUCUGUGAGGUGGAUGUUGUAAGUUGACAGCAUUUGUGUGGAAA